AGUUUGCUCCCAGCCAUGAGCCAGCCGACCACAGGCACCACUGUGGAGCUGCCUGGGCUGCCAGGGGACACGGCAGCAGCCUUUGCAGUGGCAGAUGUCAUCGUCGUGGUCCUGUACUUUGCCUUUGUCCUCGCUGUGGGGAUUUGGUCAUCRRUCCGAGCGAGCCGGGGGACCAUUGGAGGAUAUUUUCUGGCUGGACGAUCCAUGACUUGGUGGCCUAUUGGAGCAUCCCUGAUGUCCAGCAACGUGGGCAGUGGUUUAUUCAUCGGCCUGGCAGGCACUGGAGCAGCUGGGGGCCUUGCUGUUGGGGGCUUUGAGUGGAAUGCCACCUGGGCACUGCUGGCUCUUGGCUGGAUYUUUGUGCCUGUUUACAUCGCAGCAGGAGUAGUCACCAUGCCUGAGUACCUGCAGAAGAGGUUUGGAGGGCAGAGGAUACAAAUCUACAUGUCGGUGCUGUCCCUGAUUCUCUAUAUGUUCACCAAGAUAUCCACAGACAUUUUUUCCGGAGCCUUGUUCAUCCAAAUCUCUUUGGGCUGGAACCUCUACUUGUCCACUGUGGUCCUGCUCGCAGUGACUGCUGUCUACACCAUAGCUGGGGGUUUGACUGCUGUGAUUUACACAGACGCGCUGCAGACUGUCAUCAUGGUGCUGGGAGCUUUGGUCCUCAUGUUCAUAGGGUUUGAAAAAGUUGGCUGGUAUGAAGGACUUCAGGAGAAAUACAGCACAGCAAUACCAAAGGUCAUGGUCCCAAACACAACCUGUCACCUCCCACGUGCUGAUGCCUUCCAUUUGUUCAGGGAUCCCAUCACGGGAGACAUUCCCUGGCCUGGCCUCAUAUUYGGUCUCUCUGUGUUGGCUCUUUGGUGCUGGUGCACUGACCAGGUGAUAGUCCAGAGGUCUCUCUCUGCCAAGAACCUCUCCCAUGCCAAAGGUGGAUCAGUGCUGGGAGGAUACCUGAAAAUCUUCCCUAUGUUUUUCAUUGUCAUGCCAGGAAUGAUCAGCAGGGCUCUUUACCCAGAUGAAGUGGGCUGCGUGGACCCAGAGAUCUGCAAAAGGGUCUGUGGAGCUGCUGUGGGUUGUUCCAACAUUGCCUACCCCAAACUGGUGGUUGAACUCAUGCCUGAUGGGCUCCGKGGUUUGAUGAUUGCAGUGAUGAUGGCAGCCCUGAUGAGUUCCCUCACCUCCAUUUUCAACAGCAGCAGCACCCUCUUCGUUAUCGACAUCUGGCAGCGGGUCCGCAGGCAGGCCUCAGAGCAGGAGCUGAUGAUCGUGGGCAGAGUCUUCAUCCUCAUCCUCGUGGUCAUCAGUAUUCUCUGGAUCCCAAUCAUUCAAUCAUCCAACAGUGGAAAGCUCUUUGACUACAUCCAGUCCGUAACCAGCUAUCUGGCCCCACCAAUCACAGCCCUCUUCAUCCUGGCAAUCUUCUGCAAGAGGAUUACUGAGCCUGGUGCUUUCUGGGGUCUGAUGGCUGGCCUUGCYGUUGGUGUGGUUCGGAUGAUCAUGGAGUUCGUUUACAGCGCCCCGUCGUGCGGGGAGCAGGACAGCAGACCCGCUGUGCUAAAGGAUUUGCACUAYCUCUACUUUGCCCUCAUCCUCUGUGCCCUCACUGCCAUUGUCAUCGUCCUCAUCAGCCUCUGCACCCCCCCAAUCCCUGAAGAAAAGCUCGACAGCCUCACGUGGUGGACCAGACACAGGAAAGCACCUGCCACAGACCUCAAAAACUGCAGGAAUGAAGCWGCACAGGUCAGCCCAGAACACAGAGAGAGGGACCUGGUGGAAACUGCAGCUGCAGGCGAGGAGGAGGAGGCAGCAGCCAAACCUCCCUGCUGGAGAAUGGUUUAUUUGUGGUUCUGUGGGCUGCCCACCAGCCCCACACCCAGCCUGUCCCAGGAGGAGAGAGCUGCCCUGGAGCAGAGCCUCACCAGCAUCGAGGAAAAGCCGCUGUGGAGGAAUGUGUGCAAUGCCAAUGCCAUUGUCCUGAUGACCGUCAACGUCUUCCUGUGGGCUUAUUUUGGCUGA